AUGGGAGGUCCACGAUUAGAAGUUGUCAAAUUUGGCUUUUAUGUAUUCUUCCCUGUGGGAGUUAUGCUUUACUUUGGUGGUCCCGAUUUCUUCGACAAGCAUGUCAAGGGUAUCAAGUUUUGGCCUGACUAUGAGACUACUCACAAACCCCCAACCACGAGUGAUGAAGUACGAGAGACGCUAAAGACAUUAAAAGAGCAACGUGAAGAACGAUGGAGGAGGUAUAACGAGCAGCAAUCCAAAUAA